AUGACAAGUCUAAUGAAUGUCAAUGAAAAACUAUGCUUAGAUGAUGGCUCAGGAGAUACUGAUGCUGGGAAAUAUAGAAGAUUGGUGGGCAUUUUGUUGUAUCUCACCCAUACCAGACCAAAUCUCAUGUAUGUUGUCUCAGUUGUGCCACGGUAUAUGCACCGUCCCUCCAUGCACCAUUUGGGAGCAGUCAAGAGGAUUAUGCAUCACAUAGCUAGUACAUUGGAUUUUGGGUUACUCUAUCAAUCCUCAGAUCAGUUGAGACUCAGAGGAUACACCGACAGUGAUUGUGGAGGCUCAGUUGACGACAGGAAGAGCACCACCGGAUGGGUGUUCAAUAUUGGGUCAGCCGUUGUAGCUUGGAGUUCAAAAGAACAAGAUAUUACUGCAUUGUCAAGUGUUGAAGCAGAGUAUAUCUCCCACUUCAGCUGCCUGCCAAGACAUAUGGCUGAGAAGACUCCUUGA